AUGGAUAAGUAUUUUCUCGUGAUCGGCAUUCAAUUUUUACUAUGGCAUACAUGUUUGUCUUUACAAGAAUGCAAUGCUACACAAAAAGGAAGCCAGCUGACUAUUACCUGCCCAUCGACUAUCGUUAGUCAAGAACUUCCAUUGUAUAGUUUCAGUGUUGCUGAAUUGGAUAGUAUCGUUUCAUUGACAGUCAAAGGCGGUGAAGGUACUCUGGUAGGCCCUUUCACACGCAUUCCUGCUAAUAUAUGCUUAUUAAGAAAUCUACAAAUAAUCGACUUUUCAUAUAAUCAAAUUGUAGACAUAGAUCCAACAGGAUCAUUAAUUACAUGUGUAUCAAAAGUGACUACGCUGAAUGUUAGUUUUAAUAGAAUUUCCCAAUUUCCAUCGGUCACGAUAUAUAAUAUGCCAAAUCUAGCCAAUCUUUAUUUUCAACAAAAUCAACUGACUGAUAUACCUGUGACUGCUUUUAAUAACAUAUCAACACUAGAAAUAAUCGAUUUUUCGUACAAUCAAUUAACAACAUUCGAACUUUGGGCUUUAGAUGUGAAGACAAAAGCAGAUUUCAGAAAUAAUCAAAUAUCUACUAUAACAAACAAAUAUUUCUAUACUUCAUUUUUGCAGAGAUUUAUGCAACAAGGCGUUUUUCUAAGUAACAAUAGUGCACAAAUUAAUUUUACCGACGCAGUUUAUGAAAUGUAUGAUCAAUGUAACGAAGUGUACAUGUGGCUAUUUAGUAAUGGUAAUAUUACCCAGCUCCAGUGGUUCACAGUGAAAAUGGCUAGUCUUAACUUUGGGACAACAACAGUUAAAUGCAGCUGUGAUCAAGCCUAUUUUCUAAGUUUACUGAGCGCUAGUACAUAUCUAGAUAUUCGAAACUUUUCGAUAGAAAAUGCCAUGUGUGCAAAUGAUUCACUCAGUGUUAAUGACACAACUCUCAUCGGUUCUAGUUGUGAUACACCUCUGCAUCCAGUUAAUUCAACUGUCAAUUUUACACAGGUUUAUCCUAGGCUAUGUAAAAUAGUUGAAGUUGAUGAUGGUCACCUAACACCUAUACCAAACACAGUUUUACCAUCAUUAAAUGUGUCCGACUAUCCAUAUUAUGCAACAGCUUUUAUGAAUCCAGGAGCAUGUUUUUUUUCUUUUUCAAACAAAACUAAAAUGUCUAUUCAAUGUACUAAUGAUACAUCAGAUUCAUCAUCAAAAAUUCCAACGAGUUUAUUAUCAAGUUCCUACAUGGCCAAUAUAACUCGUAUUAUAUUUCCUUCUCUUAUUUCAUCGUUGCCUUUCUAUUUAUGUUCAUUACCAUCUCGCCAAAUUGAUUUGAGCUCGGAAACAUUUACUACACUAACAGAUGCAACUUUUCCAUGUCUCGAUUCAUUUAAUACAGUAGAUUUAGCCUUUAAUCAAAUAACAUCAGUAGCUAUGUCAAAUGGUAAUUUUAAAAGCUUAACUUCCCUUGAUCUAUCAUCAAAUAGACUCACAGCAUUACCAUAUUCUAUACUAACUCCUUCACCUACAUCAUUGCGUUAUCUCGAUUUACGAAAUAAUUCUUUGACUUCUAUUGAUCUGUUUAUUUAUACACUAAAAAACAUUACAAUUAAUCUUGAUAAUAAUCCUAUUAAUAGCUCGUCUGUUAUUAAUCCUCAAAACGUGACUAUAUCAAGUAUAUUAAAUUCAACAGCAAAUAUUACUUUUCCUUCAACUGUAUCAAACAUAACACUUAUCAUUCAAGACAGCAUCGCAUUAACAAAUGCAACUUGUGACAAUUUUCAAGCCCUAAAAGCCUAUCUUAGUAGUCUGCAAUCAACAUUUAGUGCUGUUUUACUUGCAUGUACUUGUGCAUCAAUAAAUUUAAAACAAAUAUAUGCACAAAAUGGACGCAACAUCACUGACGAUUAUAAAUGUUCAAAUUCAAAAGAUACAAAUAACUUUUACGCAUUAAAUGUGUCUUCUUGUUUGAAUUCACCUGAUUAUCAAGCAGGAUUAUGUGCUAACCAAAGUGGGUUUCAGCCAUCUUCAAAUUCAAGUACAAGUGCAUUAGGAGCGUCUAAUGAAGGCUCAACUCCUGUCGGGCUAAUUGUUGGUCUUUGUGUUGGAUUAGGUGCUCCUCUUGUAUUAGGUGGCAUUUUAGGUGCAUUUUAUCUGUUCAAUACUAGAGCGUCAGAGUCCCUCCCGCGAAAACCAGUCAGUCGCAUUGCUGCUGUUGGUCAAGCACCGGGAGACUCUCUAGCAUCCCAUGUAAAACCAAGAAGUUUACGAUCAGUAAGAUUAGCACCCAUUAUUACUCAAUCACAGAAAUUACCAACAACCCCUGUGGCAUCUGUUAUACCAAUCCCAAAUUCGACUGCAUUAUCGCAUAGUAGCACUAAUUUGCCUCGUGGAACAAAAGGUAUGCCGGUUCGAGUUGAUCUGGUCAGAUCACCAACUAAUGUCAAUCCACAAUAUCUACCAAAUUCAAAUGCUUUGAAUAAUACUACAAGUUUUCGUCCAAUAAAUAAUUUAUCAUUAAAUCAAGCCUCAAUUCCUAAAGAACAAAGUCAAGUACCAAAGUUACCAAAACCACCAGCAUAUCAGACGCUUAAUGCUGGAGGAGAUCCUCGUUAUCAAUAA